AUCAUAAGUAUAGAUCAAACGGAACUCUCCAGGGGGAAUAGCGAAAUUUUCAUGAAUUUUAUAUAUAAAAAUAAUAAAAUAAGUAAAUAAAUGUAAAAUAAAUUUAAAUAAAUAGAUACUUUUCUGCAGAGAUGAAUCUUUUUCUUCUCCGUCAUAUAAUCAUGAACGAUGCAUAGAUAGAUAUGUACAUGUAUAAUUACAUACAUACAUACUUUUAUUUGUAGAGUUUGCACGAAGCGAGGCCGAUCGUUGGCUGACACGAUCAUAUCGGAUUCACUUCGCUUUCACUUUGCUCGUCCAUCAGCAUUACAUAUAGAGUUUAUACUUCCGUGUUAACCAAUGGUACAGAUGUAUGUAUACUUACAUAUAUCCUACGGAUAUUUAUAUACGUGGUGCAAGUGCCUUCCAGCACCAUAAUCCGGUCUUGUCCUCGCCGUGACUCGUCGGUGACGUAACCCAUAAAUAGAAGUCAAGAGAGUAAACCCAGCAGACGUUAUCCGUCUUCGAGGAGAAACGAAUCUUUCUAAUAACGAUACGUGUACCAUAAAAAGAUGCAAAAAUCAUUGAGAAUUUCGAUCAUGAUGAUCCUUCUAACGUGGAAAACGUACGCCGAGGUCUAUGAAGGAACAAUAAUGAACACAAAUGAAAGGACACUAUUCAUAAGGAGUCUUCCCGGUUAUCCUGGAAGUAGAAGCAACUUGUACGAAGUUUACAUGGAACCCUAUUUUUUUGUAAUAGGAUUGAAAGCAGUGGUUGAGAUGAGAGCACUCGGGAAAGAUGGAUUGCCAAUAGAAGGUCCUAAAGGAAGGUUGACACUGGAACAACAAGCCGAUGGGGUUAAAAUAAUUGGAACUAUAACGGGUUUGAGUCCUGGUAUGCAUGGAUUCCAUGUACAUGAAAAGGGUGAUCUUAGGGAAGGGUGUGAUUCUGCUGGACCGCACUUUAAUCCUUACAUGGUAAAUCACGGAGCACCAAACGAUCCGUUACGGCAUGUCGGAGAUUUGGGUAACAUUGAGGUCGGCCCUGAUGGAGUAGCACAAAUAAAUGGUAUGGAUCGCUAUCUGAGCUUGGUUGGAGUUCGAGGUGCCGUAGGAAGGGCAUUGGUGAUACAUGCAAAACCAGAUGACUUUGGUCGCGGAGGAACCGAAGAAAGCAUUAAAACUGGUUCAUCCGGAGCUCGAUUAGCUUGCGGCAUUAUUGGAUUUUUAUAAACGUAAUUUUGGAUUCUCCUUCACCUUAUUUUAUACUGCCUAUAAUGUCGACCGUUUUAUUUCAAUUCAAAUAAAUCGAUCGUAUCUUA